AUGGCCGGCACAGACAUUAUCAAUUACUAUGCGGACUUGGGAAUUGAUGACGAGAACGCAGAUGAGGCAACAAUCAAGAAGGCUUACAGGAAGCUGGUCCUAAAGUGGCAUCCGGACAAGCAUCCUGAAAACCGGGAUGAAGCAGAGACGCAAAUACGCAAGAUCAACAAUGCGUACGAGGUGCUCAGCAAUCCCACCAAGCGGUCGACCUACGACGAUCAACGACGGGCCGUCAAGCGGAAAAAGCAAGGUUUCGGGCCGCCGCCCCCAAGUGGCGUCGCUGGCUUAGCCGGUGGCAUAAGCUUUCUAGUUUGCUACGCAGAAAUGCUGCAUGCUGCGCGAGCAUUCCUGAGUCUGCGGGCCUGUGAGGCACCUCGCAUGCGAAUUCCAAAGGAAUUUAUGAUGAUGCCAAUAGGCGGCCAAACCAUGUUGUUGCACAAAGUUGGCAAGCACGUUGGAUGCACGGUGCCCCAGUUUUCUUGGCCAGGUUUCCCAGACAAGUUCGUCCGGUACAAUGGCCGGCGGCUUUUUGUUCACAGUCGCAAGGAUGAUCCUGACGUCGAGUUCAAGGCAGCUUCCAUGCACGCAUUCUUUGAAGACACCAAAUGGUCACUUUGGUGGCUGCCAGAAGUGAACAACAUGUGUCGAGUCCGUGCACUCGGAUCAAGAGCAGCCGGGGAGAAGAUGGGUGUUGCAGCUGGUCUUUGUGGAGGUUUGAACUUGUCCUUCUUCAUUGACCCAGCGCGCCCGAAGGACUCGGAAGUGGGCUUAGAAGAUGCUCGCAAGGGCGAAAAGGUUGACAAGGUCAACUUCAUCGCAGUGACGAGUCCAGCAUACGAAGGGGCCUUCCGGUUUGAAGCUGCAUAUCGGCGAGGCUUUUACUUGACCUUCCUGCCGCCGAACCAUUUGCGAGUGGCACCGUACGGUGAGGAGGAUGACAGGGGAAUCGCGGACUUCACGCUGGUGGACUUUGGGGUGAUGUUCAAGUUCAUUGAGAUGGAGGAGGUCCUCCAGCCUGCUGUUGCGGCUUACAAGGGGUGGGUGCAGCUGGAGCAGCUGCGGAAAGAUCCAAAUAUUCUCUUGUAUUUCUCCAACAUUCUGCAAAAAAAGGUCUGGGACAACGAAGACUUCAUCAUUUACUUCGAGGGACACUGGGAGACCUGGGAGUUCAACAAAGAGACCCAAUCUGUGAGGCUCCGCACAAAAGAAGAAAAGUUGGCCCAGAUGCUCGCAACAGUCAAGGACAUAGAUGGGGUUUCGGCUGUUGUGGCCGGCGCAAAGGAUGAGCUCACGAAGUUGCCACUGCUGGCAGCAGCACGCGCGUUGGUGGUCUUGGCCGCCUCCACCCAUGAUGGUGAAGGGCUUGACGUUACCAAGACCAUCAACAGGAUAGCGGCGCAGAAGAAGCUGCUUUCAAACUUGCGCAGUAUCCUUGCCACAGCGACCAAUGGAGGCGAAGUCGUCCUGCCGUUGAACGAUCUGCUGGACAUGGCAGAUCUGGCUGGAGCAGUGGGUGGCUCUGGAGCUGCCAGCGACCUGGUGCACACGCGACAGGCAGCCCAGCAGGCUGUAGCUGACAUCGUAUUCCGCCAACUGAGCGAUGCCAAGUCCCAGCUGGACGUGUCACUGCUGGGUCGCGUGCUGCGUUUGCCUGGAGCUGGCGAAGUGGAUUCCACUCUGGCCUCCAUGUGCCAACCACUCGUUGCAAGCGUGGGACUGGAGCAAGCUCUGGAGUUCGUGAGAUAUGCCGGUGCAUCGGGCUGUCUUGAAGUGGCCAACACUUAUGCAACUUCGGCGCUUCUGAUGAUGGACACCAAACAGCCCGAGCCAUCAGCAGAGGAGCAGCUGGGCAUCCUCCGUACCAUAGCCGCUGCAGGUGCAGCAUUGGAAGAUAUCUCUAGCCGUCUCGCUCGCCUGGCCCCCGCUUCACAGGCGGACUUGCUGGUGGAUGUCGUUCUUGCCAUCGCGGACCGCGGCUUCAGUUCAGACGCCUUGGCCAGCGCAACGCAGGUUUUGACAACCAAGCUUGGCAGCACCCAGCUCCAGCCCUCACGGCUCUUGGAGCUGGCUGUGGCAUCCACCAAGAGCACAAGCCUGGCGCCGGUCAUCGGCGCAGUGGCCCGUGCAGUGGGAGCGAGCGCGACCACCUGGCCGGUGAGCGAUCUUGUUCGCUUGCUCCUCGCAGUGGCAAAAGCCAAGAAGGCUUUGAACAAUGAAGACAAAGCGUAUCUCCUCAAGCAGGCUGUGCGGCCCUUGCAUCUCAACGCGAGCAGCUGCGGAAGAAGCCAUCGAUCGAACGAAACUCAGCGGGGCUUUGCAAAGUUGGGAGAGGAGGAGGUCGCAGAGCAAUAUGCAGGCAGGUUGGUUGACUUCUGGUCCGAAACCUUGAAAGAGUGGACCAAGGCUGGCUCUGGUGGGGGUGCCUGGGACAGUGACGACGAAGUCACAAAGCAGCGUCGAGAGCUGGAGAAAAAGUCCCGCUUGUCGGCAGACCAAGUCGUGCAGCUGGCGAAAGUUAUGGCCGCUGCCGGCUCCAAAAGCCUCACCGAAGCCAUUGGUGGCAAUCUAAUUGCGAGAGCAAAGGAACUCACCGACAACGGCCGCAAGGCCGUUGAUGCCCAACUCGCAGAUGGCGGUGCGUUGGCAGAUUACCACCGGAAGGAUCGGCUCAAAAGAGCGGUUGCAGCUGCAGCUGGCAGCAACAGCCGAAGUCGAAGUCGCCGGCGCAGCCGAAGUGCCAGCCGCGACAGAGGGAGGCGGCGGAGAAGUCGCAGUCGCAGCCGUGAUCGCGGCAGAGAUCGCGAUCGUCGGUAG